CGGGGCUUGAAUAGUAAAGGCGUGGCUUAGGCUUGAGAUCCAAGCGGUAGGAGCCAUCGCGGCUCAUCAUAUGUAACUUUUCUUGGUUACAAAGUAUCGCAUUGUUACAAUUAUUGGUAUUUUAUUGACGCGAGCUGAUGUGAUCAAGACACGUGGUUCCUGGACCUCCUGAUAAAAGCAGACGCAUCUGGAGGGAGGAGAGAAGAAAGGGGGGAUCAGACCUUCAGCGGCAAAAAAGUUAGUGAGUAAUGAAAGCAGCAUGGAGCUCCUGCCACAUCCCCCCUGCUGAGGAUCUGGAGUUCUUCUGACCAUAAACCACGUCUCUGCUUUCUCCAAGCUUGGAGUUUGGAACCCAGACGUUAAACAGGAGGGAAAACAAAUCAGCCGGAUUAUUCAUCUGGUUGCGACCAGGUCGUGGGUCCGUCUUUUCUUCCCGAGUUCAAGUUGGUCGAUGUUGAUGAUGAUGAAGAAAGCCCACCAGCAGGAAACCCGGACACACUCUGCUGCUGUGUGCUUCAUCACGCUCCUGUUCCAAGCGUUUUGCGUCGAGUCUGCGUCCUUCUAUUUCACCAAGGAGCCCAAAUCCCAGGAUGCACUGCACGGACGCAGUGCCAUGUUGCGGUGCGAGGUAAACGAUCCCAGCGGCGUCACGUACUCCUGGCUUCACAACCGCCAGCCCGUUUCUGACACGGAGCGGCGCUUUCAGGAAGGAGGCAACCUAAAGUUCACCGCCAUCAACCGAACCCUGGAUUCCGGAAACUUCCAGUGUGUGGCUGUCAAAAGCUCAACAGGAGAAAAGGAGAACACAAGUGAAGCCAGUUUCAACAUUAAAUGGUUGGAAAGUGGUGAAGUGGUUCUGCAGAGUCCGGCCUCAGAAGCAGAGAUCAAGAGUUCCUCACCCGUGAUCUUGCUCUGUAACCUUGACGGACACCCGCGGCCGACAAAUCGCUGGUACAGAGACGGAGUGCUUCUAGCAGAGAAGAGUCACAAGAUCAACAAUAAAGAGCGAACGCUGACCCUCCCCAGCGCCAGUCCUGAAGAUAACGGCGCCUACUACUGCUGUGCCAAAAAUGCUGCGGGCCAAGUGUGCAGCAGCUCCAACUUCACCCUCAACAUCAUAGACAAGAGUUACCCCCAACCCGUGGUGAAGCCCGAGGAUCUGGUGGUGCUGAGAAACGAGGAGGCGUAUUUCCACUGCCAGUUCACGGCGGAGCCGCAGCCCACCGUCGAAUGGUUCCACGAUAAUGAGCCGAUCGCCAACAAGAGUCGUGUGUUUUUGCUCAACAACGGCUCGCUCUUCAUCAGCCAGGUGAAGCAGCGGAACACCGGCCGCUACAGGUGUGUGGCUCAAGGUGUCCUGGGGCAGCGUGUCCCCCUGGAGGCUGUUCUGAGAAUAGCAGAAAUCGAUGAAAUGCCUCCUCGACAGUCUCGUGUCUUCAGGGCCAGCUCUCUGGAGCGGGUCCCCUGCCGACCCCUCGCUCAUCCUGAGCCCGAGGUGUGGUGGGAGCGAGAGGGUCAGCGUCUGCCCACUGAAGGGCGUGUGUUCCAGGACGGUCUGGAUCUGGUCUUCAGCCCGACGCGUGCCGAAGACUCUGGCAUCUACACGUGUUUCGCCCAGAAUAAAGCUGGACAGAGGAAACAGGAGCUCACGGUUACUGUGGCCACGCGACCUGAAUGGGUGCAGAAGCCAGAUACAGAUAGCCAGCUGGAAGAGGGGCAUGCUGGGUAUUUACACUGUUACACCCGUGCCACACCUGACCCUGAGGUCACGUGGUAUCGCAACAUGCAGCCGAUCAGUGCCGAGGAUACCCGUUUUAAGCAAUUCCCCAAUGGAACUCUGCGUAUCAACAGCGUGGAGGUGUACGAUGGCCACAUGUACACCUGUGAGAGUACAAACGAAGCAGGGAAAAUAGUCUCCUACACCCGAGUCACUGUAUUGGAGCGGCUGAAGUUCACCCCGACGCCUCGGUCCUUACAGUGCCAGGAGCUGGAUAAGGAGGGCAGUAUGCAGUGUUCUGCCAAGGGCCGCCUGCCUCCCACUAUCCGCUGGACGAAAGCUGACGGCACUGAGAUCCCAGCGUGGGUGGAGAAGAAUGGAGGCACACUGCACUUCUCCAAAGUGACUCGGGCAGAUGCAGGGAACUACACCUGUGUGGCCUCCAACAGCUUGCAGGGAGAGAUCCGUGCUGUGGUCCAGCUCACUGUCGCAGUGUACGUGUCGUUCAAGCUGAAGCCCGAGAACACUACCGUGUAUCAGGGACACACUGCCGUGCUGCACUGCCAAGCCACAGGAGAUCCUUCACCCAUCAUCCAGUGGAAAAAGAAAGACAAAUUCCUCGAGUCCAACAAGAGCAGGUUCCAGACGAUGCCCAAUGGCUCUCUGGUUAUUCAAGAAGUCAGUACGGAGGACACGGGCAGGUACACCUGCAUUGCUGGGAACAGCUGCAACAUCGCCCACACAUCUGCAGAGCUCUACGUCGUGGAGAAACCAGUGCACCACACGCUGGCAGACGAAGAGAAAGCUCCGUACAAGAUGAUCCAGACGGUCGGGCUGUCUGUGGGCGCUGCUGUCGCUUACAUCAUCGUCGUCCUCGGCCUCAUGUUCUACUGCAAGCAAAGACGCAAAGCCAAGAGGCUGCAGAAGAGCCAGGACAAAGACGAGCCCGAGAUGGAGUGUCUCAAUGGAGGGGCAGGGCAGCAGAACGGACAGACCACUGCUGAGAUCCAGGAGGAAGUGCCGCUGAACACCAUGUCGUCGUCCUCUUCUGGGAACCACAAGCGCAACAGCACGCAAGACAAGCUGCAGUUUGCUCGCACCAGCCUCCACGCCAUCACAACGCUGGGUAAAGGAGAGUUCGAGGUUCUCCUGGCCAAGGUGAAGAGCGGUGCGGACGACGAAGAAACGGCGGUCCUGGUGAAGAGUUUGCAGGCCAAAGACGAACAGGUGCAGACGGAAUUCCGGCGGGAAUGCGAGAUGUUCGCCAAACUCGGCCACCCGAACAUCACGCGUCUGCUGGGCGUGUGCAGAGAAGCAGAGCCGUACUACAUGAUCCUGGAAUAUGCUGACAUGGGUGACCUGAAACAGUACCUCAAAAUCUCCAAGUGUAAGGAUGAAAUGAAGGGUCACUCUCUCAGCACCAAGCAGAAGGUGUCGGUGUGUGUGCAGGUUGCUCGGGCGAUGGAGUAUCUCUCCAACCAGCGCUUCGUCCACAGAGACCUCGCCGCACGCAACUGCCUCAUUAGUGCCAAGAGGCAGGUCAAAGUGUCUGCACUGGGGCUCAGCAAGGAUGUCUACACCAGUGAGUAUUAUCAUUACCGUCAGGCCUGGAUCCCCCUGCGCUGGCUCCCAUCCGAGUCUGUGUUCGAGGACGAUUUCUCCACGAAGUCGGAUGUUUGGGCUUUCGGUGUCCUCAUGUGGGAGGUUUUCAGUUUUGGGGAACUUCCAUAUGCUGAGCUUCCUGACGACAAGGUCCUAGAAGGUCUUCAGGAAGGAAAGCUGAAGCUGUCUCCUCCACACAGCUGUCCGUCCCGUAUCUACAAGCUGAUGGUUCGCUGCUGGGCCUCCAGCCCUAAAGACCGAGUGUCCUUCAGCGACAUCGUCUCAGCCCUCAGCGACCCUCCGUCUGAGAGCAAAGUGUGAGCGAGGGUCCUCCUCCUACAGGACUUUCACCUCUAUAAUGUUUAGCUGUUUAGAAGAAGCUCCAGCGUCCUUCUCAAAGGAUGAACACACUGCUUCUGAACAAAAAGCUGGGGUGUGUGUGUGUGUGUGUGUGUGUGUGUGUGUGUGUGUUUUUAAUUGAGUCUCUUUUCUAUCUGAUGCUGGAAUGAACAAAUGCAAGCGUCAAGUCUCCGUCCUGAGCCUGAUUCGUGGACGGAAAGCCCAUGUGACCUCUCGCUGUCGAGCAGGAAGCGAAAGUUCUCUCACACCAAGUGCAUUUCUUUUAAAGACUCUUAAACCCCACGCACUGAUCCGUCAUUUUUGUAUUAUAGAAGGAUUUGCUCCAGGAACCUCAUCACCGAUUCAGAAGGUCCUGUUUUUUUUAUAUAUAUAUUCAUAUUUGUACUGUACAGAAGGGAACUGUUUAUAUUCCACAUCUUGUUCCUUAGUUAGUUCGUCUUGUUUUUAAAAAAAAAUCCACAUUAAACCUGGACGUAAAGUGAUAAAGGUUAUAAACGUGAAAAGACGUGUAAAACGUGCCAUCGACGUGAUGGAAUUUCAGCUCCAGUGCAGAGUAACGAUGAAGGAUAACCUUAUUAUACGCUGAACGUCGUGUGUUUGAUGUUUUGUUUUAUACAGUAGAUUUGUUUUCUAUUCUCCAAUUACUGUUACUGAUGUACACUUUUUUUAUUUUGAUAAAAACCUGGAAAAAUAACAUUUAAAAAAAAAAAUGUGAGCCACAAAAUCUGGCAUAUGAACUGCUGAUGAUAAUAAAGGUUCACUUUUUCACGA